CUGAAACAGACAGAAAAUACACAAGCUUAUUGCCCAAUUUCUGGAACCGUGACGUCAAAAUUAAAAAAAAUCGACAGGUGACACUACUGACUUUCACUCUUUCCACGUUUGCCGUCCAAACCGGAUUCACGACAAACUUUGAUCUCCUGCUUACAUUGAUUAUAAUUUCGGCAGAAAAUGGAAACCUACAGAACACACAUUGUCAUGUGGACUGUCCUGUGGUUAGUAGAAGUCUUCCUGUGUGCCUCAGCCCAUUUGGAGCCGCUCCAAGCUAUUGUGGGACAAAACGUCCUCCUGCAAUGCCCCUGCAAGAAGAGAAACGAGAGAAUGGACAUGAAAUGGCAGUUAGAAGACCAUACCACCGUGCUUCACCACAGUGGAAGUCAUAACACCACAAACAUCGGGGAGGGAUAUCAAAACAGGGUCAGUCUCUUUCAGAAUGAAGAUAAGGACAACUGUUCCCUGCUCCUCUCAGGCAUCACUGUCGCAGACAAUGGGAUGUACAAAUGCUUCUUUCAAACCGAGACUUUGGUCUACAUUCACAUCACUCUGCAUGUGAUUGCCAGCUACAGUGUCUGUAUGUACCAGGUACUAGACCAGGCUUCGAUGGGUUCCGGAUGGGGAGAGAGGUUCGGGGUGUACCAGUGUAAAGCCAACGGGGGAUACCCAAAGGGCCAGAUUCAUUGGAAGAUGGGUGGACAUCCUCUGGUGAACACCUCCAGGAGGGAUGAGACCCACCUGGAUAACUCUACAGGACUAUACAGUCUGACCAGCAUCCUGACCAUGGAUCGGAGUCAGGGUGAAAAACUGCAGUGUAUGGUGGAGAACACAGACCAGGCUUCUAAACUCAACUCCACCUGCAAGGAAAAGCCUGUAUACAUUAGAGAGAGUCCAUUGGAGAGUCCUGAUAAAGUAGCAGUAGCAGCAGGUGUGUCUGUCAGUGUGGUUGUGAUGCUUGUUGCGGGAGUCCUGCUGGUGAUCUUCUUACUGACUAGAUGUCACCGGCGGGAAACGUCAACGAAGCAGAGAGACACAGAGGAAAGAAGCGUGACCCAGCAGUUGAACAUGUAUGAACACUGAGUGUGUGGAGCAUCUUCUCCCUCUGAUACAACAAUCUCUCCUCAAAUGACGGACGACAAAAUGGAGGGAUGGUGACUUGCAACAAGACAAACUUAAACUUAAAAUAAUGCCUGUGUUCAAAGUAGCAAUGUGGAGCAGCAUUGAGCAAUGAAUUGUAAUGUCAUGUCUGAACCAUAUUCUGUGACCAUUAUGCAACGAGGCAGGAAGUGAAAGAAGUGGAGAACAGCAUGAUGGGAGAAAUGACUGGUCAAUGGACUGAACAUGAGCCGAACGCAGUAAAUGAAGUCCAGAGAAAUCCCAAGAAAUAAAGUAGACCUAAAGCAGCCUGUAUAUUAUAGAGUUGACUAACUACAGGUGCAUUCACAUUUCUAAGAAGAGAAGCAGAUGAUACAGGACUACUAUAGUUAACAGCCAUCAUGGAAACUCUUGUUACAUACAUCUACCGCAUGUUCCUGGUGUUACCCAUUUGAAUCAUGUUCAUAAUUCAGGUUGAUAAUUCGCUUUCAUGUACAGCAGUCAUUUCACCAUUUAAAUAUGAAUUUAAUUAUCUGAAUAAUGUGAAGAAUUUGACAUGAUCAAUGUUUUCAUUGCUGCUUAUUAUUAUUAUGUAGCUUGCUGUGAAACAAGCGUGUCAUGGAAUGACUAAAUCAAAAGAUUAGUAACACUUUGGUCCAGGGUCCGUUUUGUUGUAUUAUUAACCAUAUUGGUUAAGCUUACAACACAGGAAGAGAUGAUUGGAAAUCAGGGAAAUAAAAUGACUUUUUAUAGGUCUUGUCCCGAGGGACUAAUACAAGUUUCACAUCUGUGUUCAUGUUUAUUUUGUGAGAGAAAAAAACUACAGACAUUAUACAAAUACAUUAUCCACCCACCUCUCCCCUUUCCACCCACAUGACCUGCUUAUUUGAGUACAAAUAUCAAAGUAGUGAUUUUAAACCGUUAAUUGUUGGAGUCCAUAUGUUGAUACUUGGUUGCCUGGGUGUUAGGUACAGUGAAGUUAGUCAUCAUUAAGCAGUAAGAGAUUGGCAAGACAAGGGAUUGGUUUAGAUAAAAUGCUUGAUAAUGAUGAAGACAGAUUGCCAAAAGGAGAACAAUCUGUUUUAAUACUUUUAUACCACUUAUAUUUUAUGCUGUAAGUGACAAUACUGGCUGUUUUUCUGUGUGUGAAAGUAUUGUUCAGUUGUUUUUAUGUGUUUGUACUGUUGGAAAGUAGCUGAAAUUCUCUGUCCUCUUCACUCUUGGUGUUUCUUUUUCAAAUAAACUAUGUACUGUAAAUAUGAAAUGAGAUAAACCCUAUAUUAAAUGCCAUAAUAAACCAUAUAUUAAAUGCCAUAAUAAACCCUAUAUUAAAUGCCAUAAUAAACCCUAUAUUAAAUGCCAUAAUAAACCCUAUAUUAAAUGCCAUAAUAAACCCUGUAUUAAAUCCCAUAAUAAACCCUAUAUUAAAUGCCAUAAUAAACCCUGUAUUAAAUCCCAUAAUAAACCCUAUAUUAAAUGCCAUAAUAAACCCUAUAUUAAAUGCCAUAAUAAACCCUAUAUUAAAUGCCAUAAUAAACCCUAUAUUAAAGCACAGCAUUGAUUGUCACUGCUACGCAGAUGAUACACAGCCUCACAUUUCUGUGUCACCAGAGGAUUCUAGCUCCACGGAUACAUUAUUAGACUGUUUUAGUGAGUUAAAUAACUUCCUCCAGCUAAAUCAAGACAAAAACCUAGGUACUUAUUGUUGGAGCCAAAGUACAGCGUGAGAAUCUAGCAGCAUAUUUUAAUUCACAGGCAAUAAAGAUAAAACACCAGGUAAAUAAACCUAAGUGUUAUUUUUACAUUCUGAAGUAAAUUUCGAAUCACACAUUAGGAAUGCGACCAAAAUUGCUUUUUACCAGGAACAUUUUGAGGUGUGGAUGUUUCUCUCUCAGGCUGAUACAGAGAGACUCAUCCAUGCUUUUAUUACAUUCAGGUUUGACUACUGUAUUGCUCUCCUGUCUGGUCUACCCAAGAAAGCCAUUGGUCAACUGCAGAACAUACAGAAUGCUGCAGCACGGGUACUGACCAAGAUCAGACGGAGAGCACACAUUUCAUAGGUUUUAAGGUCUCUGUACUGGCUGCCUGUGAGUUCUGUAAUGCACAUUGCAUUGCAGUCCAUGUCUGAAAUGUUCUGUAUAAAAAAGCUUGAUUUGAUUAAAUGUCAAAAUAAACACAAUAUUAAAUGCUA